GUGAAGAGUCUGGAACCAGGGUAGCUUGUCGUGAUCUCAGUAUCGUUCUUUUGUUCUCUACCAACCAUCCGAUGAUUUAGGAACACGUUAUCUUGUAUGCAAAUGACCCAUCUACAUGAACUUAGAAUUGUCUGAAGUCUGAAUACACACGAAAGCCAAACUCCCAUGACAUGCUAUGAGUACAUCAUGCAGGCGUGGUACUUUGGAAACAUAURUGUAUGUAUUCAAAUCGUCACCUGAGUUUUCAGUGAUGCCAUGCCACUUAUACAGUCUGUUCGUCUACAAGUGAUUUUUCGAUCUCUUGUUGCCCUUGUGGCUAUAAUUCUCAUCAUUGUAGUAUUAAMAAAUGUAAUACAUGCAACACUACGAGAUUUCUACCAUCCUUGGGCGACGUAUAGGCACUGUAAAGUUGCCGAAGCUGUUGAUGAUAAACAGGGCUCAAAGAGAAUUUUAUUCUAUACAACAUGGUUUGGUAGAGUUCCAUGGCCUGACGACCUUACACUAUGUCCUCACAACUGCUCGAUAACUUACAACAAGUGCGAGUUGCCGUUUAGCGAUGCAGUCGUCUUUCAUGCAAGUAACCUUGAAUUAGGACGUAUUGGAUUAAAACGARUAGGAGAGUACUUGAAACGAGAUCCACACCAGAGAUGGGUUUAUUUUACGCACGAAAGUCCAGAAAAUAUCGACCAUGAUCCUGCUCAAUUUGAUGGGCUUUUCAAUUGGACGAUUACGUACAAAUUGGACUCAGAUAUAGUUUACCCUUACGGCCAUUACAGCGCUUUAGAAUCUAAGGAAAAAACUACUAAUAAAACCAACUAUGCCAAGGGAAAGGACAAGCUUAUCGCUUGGGCAGUGAGCCACUGUGGAACURUUAGAGAUAAAGUUGUAGAAAAACUCUUGAAGUUUCUUCCGGUUACAGUUAUAGGGCGCUGCAGCCACCUAUUCAAUCAAGUCMCUCCAGAAGUUUGCAAGCAACGAUCAUCAAAGUGUUCAUCUUAUUUGAAAAGAUUCAAGUUCUACCUUKCCUUUGAAAAUGGACUGUGCAUUGACUACAUAACGGAAAAAUAUUGGAGCAAUCCACAUAACCACAACAUGGUCCCAAUUGUUUUAGGCUCCAAUUAUGAUGCUAAGGUUGCUAUACCUGGUUCAUUUAUUAAUAUUCUUGAUUUCCCGAGUAUGAAAGCUUUCUCUGAUUAUAUCAAGUACUUGAACAAAAAUAACACUGCUUACAAUGAAUAUUUUAGCUGGAAGACAAAGUUCAGACUUGAUCCUAAGAAUUCUGAAUGGCUGUGCAGAUUAUGUGUUAAUCUUUAUAAUGACUCGUUGCCAAGGAAGGUUUACACAAAUUUAGGGGCCUACCGGGGAAUUAAGAAUAAUUGUCACAGGAAUAAGGAGAAACUUCAGCGUCUGUUAGACUGAUUUUGAUCUGAGAUGUCACUUUGCAUUCCAAGUAUGUUUCACCUACUUUAGUACUUUAAAACUUCAUUUCCUUCACCUGAAACCUAAGACUGAAAUGUUUGAUAAUAUUUAGACAACAAAGUGUACAUUAGCGCUCCAUAAAACAGUCGAUCACACCGAGAAAACAGGAGGAGCCAACGGUUCUUCUAAAUAACUGUUCUUGUACGAAUUUUUUCCUGGGAAAAGGAUUUUGAGCUAAAUUGCUGACAAUCUCACAACUAAAUGUGGCACCCUUCCUUCUUUAAAAUAAUUUUGUUCCUGGAAAACGUUUUUAAGGUCAAAACAAGCUUAUAAAAUGUUUUUUGUGGUUAAAACAGCG